UCUUCAUCUCUGACGAUGAUGUUGCUGGGACCAGAGACUUAGAGAGAGGAUACAUAACACGACAGAGCAGAACCGACCUCGAAAGGAAGAAGGGGGCGGAGGGCAAGCGGGGAGGGAGUGGAGGUGAGAGAGAGUGGGGAUGAAGGGCAAGAGAGCGGACGCGUCGGCUUCUCUGCUGCAUGAGGCGGAGGCGGAGGCGGAGUCUGAGUCUUCGGAAAGGGGAAGGGGAAGGGUAGUGGUCGGGGGGUCGGGAGGUGGUGCCACGUGGGCUCAGACGCUGGGGAACAUCGUGGUCUCCAUCGUGGGAACCGGCGUGCUGGGCCUUCCCUACGCCUUUCGCAUCGCCGGAUGGCUCGCAGGCUCCCUCGGCGUCGCCGCUGCUGGCUUCGCCACCUUCUACUGCAUGCUCCUUCUCGUGCAAUGCAGAGAUAAGUUAGAGGAGGAAGAAGUAGAUAACUCAACCCAUAGGUAUACUUACGGUGACUUGGGUGGAAAAGCCUUUGGGCCUGUAGGACGCUACCUUACUGAACUCCUAAUCCUUGUCACUCAAGCUGGAGGUUCUGUUGCUUACCUAGUUUUCAUUAGCCAUAAUCUCUCUUCUAUCUUCUCGGCUAGAAGCAAGUAUCAUGGGAUCUCGCCCUCUGUCUUUAUUUUCUCCCUCCUCCUUCCAGUCGAGAUCGCACUUUCAUUUGUUAGAUCUCUCUCUUCUCUUGCUCCUUUCAGCAUGUUUGCUGAUGUAUGCAAUGUUCUUGCCAUGGCUAUUGUUAUAAAAGAGGAUCUCCAGCAUUUUGACCAAGCCUUUAAAUCUAGGAAUGCCUUUAAUGGUAUUUGGGGCAUACCGUUCGCUGGUGGCGUGGCAGUUUUUUGUUUUGAGGGAUUCAGCAUGACUCUGGCGUUGGAGGCAUCUAUGGCUGAAAGGCGAAAAUUCCGCUGGGUCCUUGCUCAAGCAUUUCUUGGCAUCACUUUCGCUUACAUUUGUUUUGGUAUUUUCGGCUAUUUGGCCUAUGGCGAUGAGACAAGAGAUAUCAUAACACUCAAUCUUCCAAACAACUGGUCAGCUGCUGCUGUCAAGCUAUCAGAGAAUAGGUACAGAAGAUCUUAAGAAAAUGUUGGAACUUGGAAGUGUUAGGAAACAGGUACUGCUGCAUUCCCCACACCAAACCAACCCCAACACCCCCAACCCCCCCCAGCCCCAACCAUCAAAUAAUAUUCCAAAGCUGUAGUUCCAAAAAUUAGUGCCUGUUUCUGCGUUGAAGCCUCAUGUACGGGACAAUAGCAAAUACACAUAUGUAGGACUCUUUCUGGAAUUAGAGUAGUUUUUCCCUUCAUUUUGUACAUUUAAUAUCAAUGCCAAAGUUGAAACUGUGUUCGGGGGAGCCUGUUUUUAUCCGAGUUCUUAGUGUGUCGUGUAAUCAAAUGAAUUAUCCAAUUUGAUUGAAGAAACCUUAGGCUAGCAUGUACGAUACUAAAAGCCCAUUUGGCUCUGCUAUUGAGUUUAUUUAUAUUAGGAGAAAGGGUAUUAAAUUCUACUUGCAGUGUUAGAAGCAUCAAAUUAUAGCUUUUGAUUUUAAGGCUUAGAGUCUCAUUUCUUAUUCUUUCUGUAUUAUUCAUUCUAAUUUUUUUUUUCUUUGCCAAACACUCUACUAUGUAGACCAUGGUUGUUGAAAGUAGAAAGAAAAGGUGGGGUAUGCAGGCCCUGAACUUUGCUCGAAAAUAAGAGAGGAAAAAGAGUUAAGAGUUGUGAUGACAAGCCUUUUGUUUUUUCAGGUAGUAAAACAGUGACUGCUUGUUGAGAUUACUUUAAUGAUGAUUAUAGUUUGGCUUUUUUGCGUGUUUUAAUAAUGGAUUGGGUGUUUGCUUUUGUUUUUAACCUAUGUGCUGCAAUUAAGUAGACUGUUGUUGGUACUUUAUAUGGUGUCGUAGCAAUCAGCUUGUUCUAAGAGGCUUGAUUGGUCAAGAUGACAUUAUUCUUAGUAACUGCACAAUUAGAAAAAUGUCAUUGCUGAUGUUUUCUUACAUCUGGCCCGCACGUUUUUUUUUUUUUGUUUUUUGUUUUUUUUUUUUUUUU